AUGUCAGAAGAGGUUGAAGAUCGUGUAGAGAGUGGUCAAAAUAGUACGGUGGAGCCAGUCGAAGAGCCUAUAAACGGCAACGCUGGUGAGAUUGAAGAUUCUGGAGGUGAUGAUGAGAUGGACGACCUAUUUGGCGAUGAAGGGCAGGCAUCCGACCGCGGGAGUGAUGAGGAAGAAGGUGGGUCUUCGAACAGUGAUGAGGAGGAAUCGAGUCGUCGUGGAGAGAUGCAGAUGGACGAUGAAGAAGCACAGGAACAUGCAAUGUAUACUAGGAAGUUCUAUGGAGAAGACGCCGAUAAUAUGAGUGACCAGGAGGAAUCCGCAAACCAUUUUACAGAGGAAAAUGUAGAAUUAGUGAGACACAUUGUCCCUUAUAAGACGGUUGGCGAGGGAGCGGAUGAAAAAUCAACGAUUUACUAUGCCAAAGUUCCUGAGUUUUUGACCAUCGACCCUGUGCCAUUUGACCCACCAAGUUUUGAGAGCAAAGUGAAAGAGAGGUUGAACUCAUCAUCGCGGGAGGACCAGUUGGGUGACCGUCUAAUUGAUGAGAACACGAUCAGAUGGAGAUACUCUAGAGACGAAAACCAGCAGGUCUACAAGGAAUCAAAUGCCCAGAUUGUACAAUGGUCCGAUGGUGGACUUUCGUUGAAGCUGGGUACCGAGUACACUGAUAUCCUAGUGAAUGAUACAGACAACACUUUCUUUGCAGUGUCACACGAUGAGCAAGAGCUAAUGCAGUGUUCCCAAGGUGGUGAAGUCACCAAAUCACUAAUGUUUAUUCCUACUUCUACAAAUUCGAAGAUGCACCAAAAACUGACGAAAGCAGUGAUCAGGCGGGAUCAAAGACAGACCAAAGGACCGGGUGUUUACUUUGUGAACAAGGAUCCAGAACUAGAGAAGAACGAAUUAGAGAAGAAACAACAGCAGGUUGUCAGAGAGAGGAGGAAAAGACAAUUGAAAGAAAUAGAAAGUCGAAACUCUCCCGACAUUUCAACCGGCUUAAACGGCUACAGAAAGACCCCUGUGACAGCGUCUGAUGAGCAGGACUCCUACUACGGUAGCUCAAAGAGGAACGAAUACGAGCAGGACGAUUUCCUAGUAGAUGACGAUGAGGAAGAAGAAGCUGGAUACAGCGAAGAAGACGAUGUCCUAGACGACAACAACGAUGAUCAAGAGGCAGAGGACGAAGAAGAUGCCAAGGCUGAGAGAUUAAGACAGUUAAAGAGACAGGGCACAGAGCGUUACACUGAGCCGGAACCAGAAAGCGAUCCCAGUACAAAGAGAAGGAAAGUAGCCAUAAUCGACGACGAAGACGACGAGUAA